GCCGUUUCAUCAAGAUGGAGAUCUUUGGGCUAGAAUGAUGAAAACAGGCCCAAUCUCACACUCCCUUAAAGCUUCCCCACCAAGCUUUUCACUUCCGCUUAUAUGAAAAUUUUCAGAACCCGCCAACGCCACGACACACGAAGAAUCGAGAUAGAGACAAACAGAUUUCAUCUCUUCUCUGAACAUUUCAUUCCGGCAAAUUCAAUUGCCUCAGAAAUGGAGGGGGGGCUUCAAUACUUUCCGAAACCAGUGUGUCCAGCGGAGAAUGAUGAUGAUUUAAAGUAUGUGUCUAAGCUUAGCACUAUACUGGUUGCAACAAUUCAGGAAGCAAAGGACAGGAUUUCUCAGAUAGAGUAUAUAUUUUGCAGUCAGCUCUACUCUAAUUUCCAAAUGAAAACUAAGAGCUUGCAGAAACUUUAUUUGGAGGCUAAAAAGGAAGCGGAAGAUUCAUGGAAAGAGAAGGAGAAAAAUCUUCAGCUCCAGAAUGAAAGACUUCUACUUGAAAAGCAAGAAUUGCUUGAAGAAAACCGGUGUCUGAAGCUUGAGAAGGAAAAGUCUUUAGGGGAGUUGGAUGACAAGACAGACUCACUAGUUCUCAAAGAAAGAAUUCUACAAGUUAGAAUUGAUGAACUAGAACAGGAGGUUAGGAAGAAGUCCAAGGAAGUUGAUGAGGGAAUGGAAUUGCAUAAUAAAUUACUUCAAUUGGUCCAAACGAAAUCAACUAUGAUAUUGGAGAAGGGAAAACAACUGAAUGAGUAUAAAGAAAAGAAUAAUGGGUUGCUUGACAAAGUGAAGAGCUUAGAGAAAAAGGUUGAAGUGCUUGAAGAUGAGCUUAAACGAAAGGCUUUAAAGAUAGCGGAAAAGGAAGAGAUGGAGGCAGACUUACUCAAAAGAAUCAACUCCCUAAUAUCACUUAUAUCAGAUAAUCAUGAGUUGUUGACUAAGCAUGAAAAAGAGAAGAAAGAACUUGUGGAAAAAUUGGAAUGGUUGGAGAAGGAUGUUAGUGAACUCCAAAAGAAGCUCAAGAAAAAGACAGAAGAACUUGAAGAGGGAAGAGUGUCACAGGCACAACUGCUUCAACAGAUUGAUGCGGAUAAAUUGGAAAUCUUGAAGCAAAAACAACAGUUGGAGGAGUCUGAGAACGAUAAAAAACUGCUUCUGGAGAAAGUAAAUGUUUUUGAGGAGAAGAUCAAUGAGCUCAAGGAAAAUCUCAGUAGUUGCAGCAAGGUUGAUGAAGGAAAGGAUUCAUAUGAAAAGCUGCUUCAGCAAAUUGAAUUGAAAGAGACUCAGUUGCUGGCUGAGAAGAAGAAGACAAAGAAUGUCUUUGAUGCCUACAAAAGGUUGAAGUCUCAGUACAAAUUUCUAUGCGCGAAGGCUGGCCUUACUGAGGAGAAUAUGCUUCCUCAAAUCAAAUUAGAAGAUGAAAGUGCCUCACUAAUGCAUCAACAAAAUCCAACAACUUCACCUGAUUUUGUGAGCAGACAUCCAGAUACUGCUACAGCUGCUUGUGAGAUCAAGAAAGUGAAGAUUGAAAAUGACGCCAGUGAUCUGUUGGAGGAAGAUAAAGUAGUCAAAUCAAUUCCGAUGCCAAGCUUCCAUUCUCCUACUUCCGGUUAUAUUGCACCAAAAUGCAUUCCUGCUGCAAAAUCUGCUCCUGUUGUUGGUACAAAGCGGCCUGCAUCUCGUUGGGUAGGUACUAGGUCUCGUCAAAACAGAGAUGGGCCUGACCCUCAUGAUGAUUUCCUUGAUACCCCCCUUGAGAACCUUAGAAGGACCUUGAAUAAAACCAUGAAGGAUGAUCAUGAUCUUCAAAUCCCAGUUCAGAAAGAUAUGCACUCUGAUAGUUCAGAUGAUGAAACGCAGGAUAUGAAUGUUGAUCCUGGCCCAGAAAAGCAGCAGAUGCCACUUCCAAUGGCUGGCCAAAAAGGGUUCAAGUAUGUUGAACCUGUUAGAAAGAAAGCUGAGCGGGAUAAUUUGAAAGGAGUUGAAUGCAAGCAGUGCAAGAAAUUCUAUGAUGCAGUUCUUCCUAAUGGAGGAAAGGAUGCUGACGGUAAUAUACAAAAUUUCCGCUGUGAGCAUCAUGAUGGUGUUUCCAGGCAUAGGUAUAAGUACGUUCCCCCUUUGACUCCUGAAGGAUUUUGGAAUAUUGGAUUUGAAUCUGAAAUGUGAACUUGACUUUGAAACCUCUUUACAGAAUGCACUAACGUUUUUUUUCCA